AAUUAGGGUGAUAAUCACUACCACUUACUCACCACUCACAUUUUCCCACCAAUUUAAUGCUGUCUCUGGUGUGAGUAUUAAAUGCAGCAGCUGGAGCACCCACCCACCUUCUCUCCUCUCACCCCCCCAAAAAAAAUCCCACCCAACUCCCAAUGGCUAAAACCCCCCUUCCUCCUCCCCUCCUCUUCCAAUGUCGUCCGCCCCAAACCCCACCCACCCCUCCACCCAAAAUUACCUAACUACCCUCGGACUCGGCUACGGCAUCGCCAUUGCGCUCGGCUUCCUCGUCCUCUUCUCCACUCUCCUCCUGGCCUCCUACAUCUGCUGCCGCGUCUCCCGCCACCACCACCACCCGCCUCCCAAUCCGAACCGGAACCCGAACAACUCCGACGGCAUCAUCCUCCCCCGAAUCAUCUUCGUCGCCGAGGAUGACAACGACCAGCAGCAGCAAGACGACGAUGAGAACGCCGUCGUCGGGAUCCACCAGAGCGUCAUCAACUCCUACCCCAAGUUCUCCUUCUCCAAGGACGUGGCGGCCGCCGAUUCAUCCACGUGCUCCAUCUGCUUGUGCGACUACAAGGACGCCGAGAUGCUCCGGAUGAUGCCCGAGUGCAGGCACUACUUUCACCUGAUGUGCCUCGACGCCUGGCUCAAGCUCAACGGGUCGUGCCCGGUUUGCCGGAACUCUCCGUUGCCGACGCCUCUGUCCACUCCGUUGCAGGAGGUCGUGCCUUUGUCUCAGUACCCUGCCGAUCGGAGAUGGAGGAGGUGACUGAUUGUCCUGAUUGACUGAUAUCUUCUUGGGUUUUAAUCCUUCUAUUUUUUAUUUUUAGUUGUUUGUUUUGGGUUUAGGGUUUUCUGUUUUCUAUUGGUUGUGUUCGUUUGGGAAUUGGGAAAUGUAAAUUUGGUUUUUUCUUCUUCUUCUUCUUCGGGUACUGAUUUUGUGACAUUAGUGAAGUGGGUUAAGCACAAACAACUGUGUCUCAUGAAAUUUGUUUAAUGUUAAUUACUUUGAUUUGGGUGA